CUAAAUCAUCAACCCAGUCCAGGCUACUUCACUAGAAUAGGUAACUGUUAUGUGGACAAAACUUUCUCUGAACUGGGGCCAAUCUAAAUAUGCUUAUUUGGCCAAGGAUCAGACUUGGCGUCUUGGCUCCUCGCCUUUUAUAGUUUCCUAACAAAGUACAAGCUCUGAUGACUGCCAGCUCCAGACACUAGUUGUGUAUGUGUAGGUGUGUGCUUUUGGGGGGCGGUGGGGCUACAAAAGGUGACGGUAGAGUAUUCCAUAGAGACACUGGUUGGAGACAGCAGCUUCUAUAAGGUAAACAGGAUCUCCUCCUGAAGGUUAAGGGAGGCGCUUCUCAAGGCCCCCACAGACAAUACUCUGGGUAUUGUUAACGGAAAUGGCUAAGAAUAGAGAGCAGGGGAGAAAGGUGGCUCCUCUGGCGGUCCUGUUGUUUGGGUUAAACAAGCCAAAACGGAACAUCAUCUUUAGAAGAGUGACUCCUCAAGCUUACAUGCUGGGCGUGUCACACUCGCACAAGGCUGGAGGUUGAUUUGGAGGGCUUUAUCUGGCUCUAAUGUACAACAGCGGCAAAUGAGUAGUUGGGGAUCGCCUCUGAGUUAUUGUGCUUUACUAUUCGGAUGUCUAAGUAGGACCACCUUUCAAAUAAACCAUGAUCCCCAUCACCGAGCUGCGGUACUUUGUGGACACACAGCCAGCAUACCGCAUCCUGAAACCAUGGUGGGAUGUGUUCACAGACUACAUCUCUAUUGUUAUGCUUAUGAUUUCUGUGUUUGGAGGGACACUUCAGGUCACCCAGGACAAGAUGAUUUGCCUGCCCUGCAAAUGGGUGGUCAAUCAGACCUGCAAGAAGAACUUCAAUUCAACCCACACCACAUCAUUGUUCUUUGAGCCCAAAGGGAUCCAGUAUGAUCUGGACCGCCACCAGUACAACUACGUGGAUGCUGUGUGCUACGAAAACAGAUUGCACUGGUUUGCCAAGUAUUUUCCUUACCUAGUAUUACUUCACACCCUUAUUUUCCUAGCUUGCAGCAACUUUUGGUUUAAGUUCCCACGGACUAGUUCCAAACUAGAGCACUUUGUAUCCAUCCUGCUGAAAUGCUUUGACUCCCCAUGGACCACCAGGGCACUGUCAGAGACAGUGGUUGAAGAGAGUGACCCAAAACCAAUGAAAAUGAACGGCUCAAUGGACCACAAAGAGUCUGUUAUCAGUGAGGAUGUUGAAGCAAGUGUUCCUAUGCUCCAAAGGACAAAGACACGCUUUGAGCAGGGCAUUGUAGAUAGAACAGAAACAGGGGUUUUGGACAAAAAAGAGGGCGAACAGGCAAAAGCCUUGUUUGAAAAAGUGAAGAAGUUCCGUAUACAUGUUGAAGAAGGAGACAUUGUGUACAGACUCUACAUCCGUCAGACCAUCAUCAAAGUCAUCAAGUUCGUUUUGAUAAUUUGCUACACAGGGUAUUACGUGCACGACAUUAAAUUCAGUGUUGACUGUUCAGUAAAUAUAGAGAGUCUGACAGGUUACAGCGUGUACCGUUGUGCUCACCCAUUGGCUACACUUUUUAAAAUCUUAGCCUGUUUCUACAUUAGCUUAGUAGUGGUGUAUGGUUUGAUCUGCAUGUACACACUUUGCUGGAUGCUUCGGCGCUCUCUAAAGAAGUACUCCUUUGAGUCAAUACGGGAAGAGAGCAGCUACAGUGACAUACCCGACGUAAAGAAUGACUUUGCAUUUAUGAUGCACAUGAUCGAUCAGUAUGACCCUCUGUACUCUAAACGCUUUGCCGUGUUCCUCUCGGAAGUAAGCGAAAAUAAGCUGAGGCAGCUCAACCUCAACAAUGAGUGGACAUUGGACAAGCUCAGGCAGAGGAUUACCAAGAACUCUCAGGAGAAGUUAGAGUUGCACCUUUUUAUGCUGAGUGGCAUUCCAGACACAGUAUUUGACCUGAUGGAGCUGGAGGUUCUUAAGUUAGAGCUUAUUCCCGAUAUCACCAUCCCCCCAAUCAUCGCCCAGCUGGUUAACUUGCGAGAGAUGUGGCUUUACCACACACCAGCCAGAAUCGAAGCUCCUGCAUUGGCUUUUUUGCGUGAGAACUUGAAGUCUCUGCACAUCAAGUUCACUGACAUCAAAGAGAUUCCCUUAUGGAUCUACAGUUUGAAGAAUCUGAGUGAACUUCAUCUGACGGGAAAUCUCAGCGCUGAGAACAACCGUUACAUUGUCAUUGAUGGGCUCCGGGAGCUCAAGAGGCUCAAAGUUCUUCGUCUGAAGAGCAAUCUCACCAAGCUACCUCAGGUGGUGACUGAUGUGGGCAUGCACCUUCAGAAGCUAUCCAUCAAUAAUGAAGGCACCAAACUGAUGGUGCUCAACAGCCUGAAGAAGAUGGUGAACCUGACGGAACUGGAGCUAAUUCGCUGUGAUCUGGAACGCAUCCCGCACUCAAUCUUCAGCUUGCACAACUUGCAGGAGAUUGAUCUGAAGGACAACAACCUGAAGACCAUCGAGGAGAUCAUCAGCUUCCAGCACCUUCAUCGGCUGAUCUGCCUUAAGCUCUGGUACAACCAGAUAGCCUAUAUUCCCAUCCAAAUUGGCACACUGACCAACCUGGAGAAGCUCUACUUAAACAGAAACAAGAUUGAGAAGAUCCCCAGUCAGCUGUUUUAUUGCCGCAAGCUGCGCUUCCUUGACCUGAGUCAUAACAACCUAACCUGUAUCCCUACGGACAUUGGCUGCCUCCAGAAUCUUCAGUACCUGGCAGUGACGGCGAACAGGAUUGAGAGCCUGCCUAAUGAGCUGUUUCAAUGCAAGAAGCUUCGCACUUUGAACUUGGGGAACAAUUGCCUGCAGUCGCUGCCGUCGCGGUUUGGAGAGCUGACCGGGCUAACACAGCUAGAGCUGAGAGGAAACCGUCUGGAGUGUCUGCCCGUGGAGCUGGGCGAGUGCCGACAGCUAAAGAGAACCGGUCUCGUGGUGGAGGAAGACCUCUUCAACACCCUUCCCACGGAGGUCAAAGAACAAUUAUGGAAAGUUGACAAAGAACAGGCUUAAACCGGUCUGUGGCUGUAAAUGAAAACAGAUACUUACCAACUGGGCCCUGACACUGUGUAGGAACACCUGUCCCAGUGGGCUUCCUAAAGCAGGCUGUAGUCUUGCUGCAGUGUACUGUAAGUAAGGUUGGGUAUCGAGAACCAGUGCCAGUUUGGCAGAACCAAAAUACUGCUAGCUGCUGGUUAUUCUCUUAAUUCUUAACUACAUUCGAUUUUCCUUCGUCUCCGACUUAGCAGGCAUUAUAACCAAGUAAUUAUGCUUUUUAACAAUAAUGUAGCAGUGCCAUUAUGCUCAGCUGCAUGUGUUUACAUUGUAUGCUACGCAGUUAUGUUGGAGAAGUUGCAAGUAAGCAAAACUGUGGGCCAACUUUGACAAUGACAGAAAAAGACCAAGUUCCCAUUGUUCAAUUACUAUAACAUCAGGUUCCUAUCUUAUCAAGAUAUAGUACAAUAUAAAAAUAAUGUGUCUAGUAUUGCUAGUUUUUUAAGUGAGAUAGCAAGGUGAUCUCUAAGACAUCUCCCUUUAUUACUUGCUCCACUUAUUUUAAGUUGUAUCAAACUCCCAAUUCCAUCAUAACAUGUUAAGGAGUUGACAUCUGAUUAUAUGACUAAAUGUUAUAUUUGUAUGUGUAUAUAGGGAAUGACAAUACUAAUCACAAGCAAACUACACAGUCAACUUAGCAUGUUUGUAUCAGAAUAGCGGCUGUUCCAUGGCUUUGAACUCCCUGUUGUCCAGCACUGACCUGACAUAAAUUGUAACUCUGGUGGUCAUUGUUUUUUUGCUGUAGAGGGAUGACCAUGGCCUUCAAAUACACAUACGUGCUGGAAAAUCUUGAAAGUGACAUAACAAGGAUAACUAGUGAUGACUCAUGCCAAGAAAGGUUAUGGAGUCUGAGAGGGUGUUGUAUAAGGUGUAAGGGAGGGGGUCACUGAGUACAUUGCACUGUUAGUAGAGCAAAUGCUGUAGAGGCAGAGGAGUUGUCUUUGGUUGGCCUGAGUCUUGGAAGCAGUACAGCAUGGGGUAUUAGACUAGAGAGUGAUGUCCUUCAUUGGAGCCAUUUUGGCAGAGUGGGGGGCAGGGGUAGAUGGCGUCUCUGGGGAAAGAUGUGCAGUGUGUUUGACCUAGUGCUUAAGGAAAAGCAAUGAUUUUACUGCUACCCAGUGGACUAGUAUUACAAAACAUCACCCCCAUACAAUUACAUUUGUGGAACAUCUUAUCAACAAGCAGAUACCCAACCCUUACUGCCAGUAUACUAUUCAGUAUUAAUAAAACAAACUGAACAAAUCUGGGGAAAAUGCUGAAAAGGUUUUGAACGAGGUGUGUCAUGUCUGUGUCAGUAUUCAAAUUUAGUUCGUACAGGAUAACAACAUUUAAAUGGAGCCUCCAGAGGUUGAUCAUAUGUCCGAAACAAACGCAAGUCUUUAAAUGUGUUUUGUAAGCGCCUGGCCUAGUGUUCGUUUCAGUUUAUCAUAACAUUGUAAGAUUAGUAUGUUUCUACCUUGAUAGGGUAGUAUGAGAUAAACAGCCAUCUUUAAACAAAAAAUGUUGAAAUUGCUAUAUUAGAUUCAUUAAGGUGUCAUUUUAAUUUUGUUUAUUUUAUGUAAAAACAACAAAAAAACCAUUGCAAUAAGGUCUGAAAUUGCCAUUUCAUUGUAGUGAAAUUUGAAUGUAUAGCUUUUUAAAAAAGCUCAAAGCAUUUUUAUUUUUUUUUAAACAUGAAACGUUCCACUUACUGAAAAGAAAAAUUGUAAUUUCAUUUGUCAUUGGGGGGGGGGGGGGAUUAGGGUGCAUUUUUGAAAAGAACCAUGGUUUUCAGGUCAGUUGCCUUAAUGUUAAUUCACUCCUCCUGUGGUAUGUCAUAGCCCUACGUGAUAAUGGGAGUAACACUUUGAUAUGUUUUAGAUUUUGCUCCAAUGUUUCAUUUCAUCACUUCCUGGUGACCUUUUACAAGUGACCACACUUGACACCAGUGUUAAAUUUGGGGUCUCAGAUGUGAUCAUGACCCAUUAUUUUGUGUUGUAGCGUCACCUUGUGACAUUGGCUUUGCAAACUUUAUUUUUACAUGAAGGUCUGCCUUAAUGCAGCUUCAACUCUCCUAACCGGUGUGACUUGCGCACUGCUGACGACUACUAUAGAGUGUAAAAGUCAGAAGGCAUGAACAAUAACAAUGACAAUUUCCAGUAAAAUUUCUUAUUUGUAAAAGUGAUCUAGAACUUAAGCAUUUGGGAUUAGAUUUGGAUAACUGCUCAUUUUGGGAAUGGAUGUCCAUCCAUCCAUCCAUCCAUCGGCAACCGCUUAUCCUGCGUACAGGGUCACGGGGGGCUGUAGCCAAUCCCGGCUGACAUCGGGCGAAAGGCGGGGUACAUCCUGGACAGGUCGCCAGUCCAUCGUAGGGCGGGAAUGGAUAUGGUGGUGGUUUUUAAUUGUGGAUAUUGGAUUUUUUGAGAGAGUCAAAAUAAGUGAUAUCUUCAAUUAACAAAACUUCAUCUGUGAGUUGGUAAAACUUUGACUUGACAUAUUUUUUGUCUUAGUUUCUCAUAAUUUUGGAUUAGUGUCAUAUUUUGUCACAAUUAUGGCUUGAUUUCAUAAUUGUGGGAGACUUAAGGAGAAUUUAUAUUUUUAUCAUUCUUAAUGUCUUUUUUUUUAUUGUCAUAAAUGGGCUUCCAUACUUUUCAGGUCAGGUCAUGUAAUUGUGGUCAUUUAUUUUUCUGGUUUCAAAGUGUGUUCAUUUGUAGAGAAAUGUUUAAUAAUUUUUGCCUUAGUGACUUUUCUGCACUUGUGUUUUGCCACAGUAAGUAAGCCGGACAAUGCUGUAAAUGUGGAAUUGAAGAUCAAUGCACAGCUCUGACACAGCACAACACACAAUAGGGUCUCUUGUGUUUACCCUGAGAAACAAAAAUCAGUUUAUGUUUUAAUAAACCUAACUGCAAAGAAAACCUGGACAGUAGCAAUAUACAGUACAGUAACUGGGUUGAAAAGCAUAGGAAUAGUUUAAGCUAUGUACAUUCAUGUCCGUAACAUGUUUAACUAUGCUAUAUUGUGCAAUAUUGCCUUUAUUUAAACUAUGUAAGUAGUAGUGAUGUAGUUUUCUAAUUUGCAUGGGCAUUCUUCUUGUCACAUUCAUUUUAGUGUGAUGGAAGUAAAAUUUACAUAAAUGCAAAUAAUGGUAUGCAACUUCACGUAUACAACAAGUUUUGUAUUUUUACUGGGAUGGGAAGUUUCAACAGAAUGACUUCGAGGCAUGAGAUUAAAACGCUGUUAAAGUAGUGUUACGUUUUUCUUUGUUUGAGAACUACUCAGAAAAACUAAUUCAUUUUUGAUCCUUUUAUGUCCCAACUGGAGCAUUUUAAAUGGCAUCCAGAACACAUCAGCAAUAUACACCACAGAUUAAGACAAUCAGCUAUUCUAAUGAAGAGUGACAUCAGAUAUCAAAUAUAAAGUUGUUGCAGUAAGCACUGCAAGUAAAUGGUCAGUACACUUAAAAUAUAUUGUAUAGGUUACUAGUAAAGUGGUAUCAGUAAAUAGGUUAGCUUUUUAUCUCAUAGUUAUUGUUAAUCUUUUUGUUCUCUGUAUUUUCCCUCCUUUUUCAUAAUUUGGACUGAUUUUGUUUUUGACAGCUAUUAGUAUUAUUACAAUAUAGCUAAAUUUCUCAGGAAACCUGCUAGUACUCACUUCUUUUUUGAGUUGCCUAUUUUUUUAUUACACCUUGUAUGUAUUAAUUUAAACAGUUUUAUACAGUUACAGUUUUAUAUGCAUUUCUAUACAUUAUUUUCUAGUUUGGUGUAUUUAAUAUUGACUGCUGGUUUUAAAACAAAAUCUGUUUUGUGUUUUUAAAAAAAAAACCACUUGGUUUAACCUUGAUCCUGUGUUUUCGUCAAUGGCCAUGCUUAAAUUGAGCUGUAUUGUUUCAGAAUUGUGUCCUCAUUGUGGUUAGCACAGAUAAAGUGUUAUCCACAUGUAUGUAUGAUGGCAUGAUGAGACUUUCUUACUCCUUGAUGUCAUUUUUGUUCUUUCUCUCAAAAUAAUUUUUCCCCUCAACAUUUCCCAAAAUCCAAUCAUAGAUGUACAAAUUUGGCUUCAUGCAUUGUUUGUUUUUUUGUUAAUAAGAAAAUCAUCAUCGCAUCAGUAUUGGCAUGAAUGAUGCAGCAGUGUGUAUUCUGUUUGCACAUGUUUCCCAUCUUCUCCUACACACACAAUCCACUGGAGGUAAAAUAAAGUCGUUUGAACAAA